GCCCGCGGCGGCCGCAUGAAGGACUGUGAGUACCAGCAGAUCAGCCCCGGGGCCGCCCCGCCGCCUGCCUCCCCAGGGGCGCGCCGCCCCGGCCCCGCCGCGCCCCCGGGUCCGGGCCCCGGGCCCCCACCGCCCGCCGCUGCAUCGCGCUGGGGCAGCAGCGGCAGCGGCAGCAUCGGCCACCGCCCGCGGCGCAAGUGGGAGGUGUUCCCGGGCCGCAACCGCUUCUACUGCGGGGGCCGCCUCAUGCUGGCCGGCCACGGCGGGGUCUUCGCGCUCACGCUGCUGCUCAUCCUCACCACCACCGUCCUCUUCUUCGUCUUCGACUGUCCCUUCUUGGCCCGCCAACUGACCCUUGCCAUCCCCAUCAUCGCUGCUAUCCUCUUCUUCUUCGUCAUGAGCUGCCUGCUACAGACGAGUUUCACGGACCCUGGGAUCCUGCCCCGGGCCACCGUCUGUGAAGCAGCUGCCCUGGAGAAACAGAUCGACAACACAGGCAGUUCCACCUACCGGCCACCCCCUCGGACCCAGGAGGUGAUGAUCAAUGGGCAGAUGGUGAAGUUGAAGUAUUGUUUCACCUGCAAGAUGUUUCGACCACCCCGGACCUCACACUGCAGUGUCUGCGACAACUGUGUGGAACGGUUUGACCAUCACUGCCCCUGGGUGGGCAACUGUGUGGGGAGACGGAACUACCGCUUCUUCUAUGCGUUUAUUCUCUCCCUCUCAUUCCUGACGGCCUUCAUCUUCGCCUGCGUGGUCACCCACCUGACGCUCCGCUCUCAGGGAAGCAACUUCCUCUCCACUCUGAAGGAGACACCAGCAAGUGUGCUGGAGUUGGUGAUCUGCUUCUUCUCCAUCUGGUCCAUCCUGGGCCUCUCAGGGUUUCACACUUACCUCGUCGCCUCCAACCUGACAACUAACGAAGAUAUCAAAGGCUCGUGGUCCAGCAAGAGAGGUGGCGAGGCCUCUGUCAACCCCUACAGCCAUAAAAGUGUUAUCACCAACUGCUGUGCUGUGCUCUGCGGCCCCCUACCUCCCAGCCUGAUUGACCGGAGGGGAUUUGUGCAGCCUGACACCCUGUUGCCCUCACCCAUCAGAAGCGACGAGCCAGCCUGUGGAGCCAAGGCCGAUGCCAACAUGGUAGGAGGCCACCCUUGAACCUGGCUUAGUACUUGCCACCUGCUGGCCUGUUUGCCCUUCCGCACUCACCUGCCGCACUCCACACCUGCCGAGACCCUCCCCAUUCCACCCAAGGGAAGCAGAGCCACCAAAGACUCAAGGCUUUUCGUAUUUAUUUCCCACCCUGCGUGCUGUCCCCACACCGUUCCAUGGCUGUACCCUCUGCUCCCCAAACCCAGGUUCCCACGGCCUUAGGAGUGAGAUUCCCCCCAGCUGAUCAGUCGCAGGAGUGACAGGAUAGAGAGGCCAGGGCCAGGUUCCCAGAGGACCACGCCAAGACUCUGUGCCAGGGCGAGCCCUGUGUGAGUGAGGGUGCGGACUGAGUGUAAUGCCUCCCAGUUGGGGAAGCUGCUGAGCCCUGCUGGGCUGGGCUUCUGGGGUGAAACAAGACCCAGGAGCAGUGGCUUGGACAGCGGGCUAUGGGACAGGAUGUUUCCAUGGGCUACUUUGGUUUGCAAGCUCCUUCAUUCUUUUUGUGAUGAUCAUUGUUUUUCUUUAGUUUUUUAUUUUUUUAUAUGGAGUUGGCCAAUAAGAGUAGAGCUGGGUUCUAGGUAGAGAAGGCAGAGUUGGAGGUGGAUGGGGGUGGAGGGGUGGGGUAGCCUGUGUCAGAAGAAGCCAAACCAGCUGGCCAGGCACCCAAGACCUCAGCUCCAUCAUGAUUCCUGGGAAGCACACUAGGAAGUGGGGCUUUGCCAUUUCUCUGCCCAUAGAGGGUUCUCUAUGGGAUCCCAGCCUGGCCCCCCCAUCUCUUUCCCAAGUCAGGUCUGGGAUGGGUAGGUAAUACUCAUGCUGGCAAUACUUGAAACGGGUUUAUUAAUGCUGGGUAUUUUGCACAAUUUUAUAGACCUCUUUUCUACAUUUUUUAAAUGGAAGAAGAAUUCUUAAAAAGUCAGCCAUUUUGCUGUCUGUGUAAUGCCAGGUUAUCAGAAGGCAAAUUGAUUUUAGUAAGUUUAUUACAAGAGACCUUUUGACUGUGAGUGUGUGUGUGUGUGCUUGCCCUUGUACAAAUGUGGCUGGCUCCCACUUCCCCACAUCCCCUGGGCUGCCCUCCUCCUCACCAUCCCCCUCCAGUGUCAGCCAGCAACAGCAGUACCGGCCUGAGCCAUGGGGACAAGGAAUGUGCGCAGUGGUUACAAGAGACCCCUGGGCUCCUUCUGUGGCUCAGCCCACAUCCUCCUACCUUUCCCUCCUCCAGGGACUUCCGACAGCCAGUGGCUGGGGACUCAGCCACCCCCAACCCCACCCCUGCCACCCAGCCCCCAGGUCAGGCUUCCAGCUGGGAUCUGCCUAGACAGGCUGAGGCUGGGUGUGGUGCAUGGGGUAAUGGCUGUGAGGAGCGGCUGCCACCCUAGAAGCCACACCCCCUCCUCCAAGCCCCGAGUAUGGGACCCAGUGCCAAGGGCUAGAGAACAGGGAAUCUCUGCCAACUGGAGGCCUCCGUCCAGAGAAAAGGAAGGAAGGAAGGAAGGAAGGAGCAAGGUGGGCCAAGGCGAAUGAAGAUUGGCCUAAAUCUAGGCCAGAAACUCAGAGACUGUCCCUCCUCUGCUGGGAACUAUAGUUUCUUGUCAAAAUAGAUAGGAAAUUGUUCCUCUCUCCCCCUCCUUGGCCCUUCAAAUGGGCCGAAGUCCUUGGAAAAUGACAUAGGAAGUCCCCUUAUCUUGCCCUUCCUUGCUCCAGAGGCCAGUAGGUCACAGGCAGUUGAGAAGUGGCAGCCACAGAAGGUCUCCUCUGGGAAAACAGCUUCCCUUCACCCAGCCUUAGUGCCCCGCGCCAGGCUGCAGUGGCACUGGGAGGGGGGCAGGACGCUGGGUAGAGGAGGUUGACUCCCAUCUGACUUUUAUUUAAGCUAGUGUUCUUUGUUCUUGCUUGUAAUAAAACUUUUGUUUUUAAGAGUU